AUGUCAGUUGUUGAAAAAGCUUUCAGUUGUGCACGUUCCACGGAUGAAUCAACCAACAAUUCCAUGAAUACUGCUAACAAAAAGGAACAUCGAAGACGUGAAAGCAUUAAAGUGGUGUUGUUAAGUGGAGGAAAGAUAAAAGAAAGGAAAAAAUGUUGGCAAAUGGUUGGUCGCGAAUACUUGAAUGAGAAUAAAGUAGAACAAAAACGUUUUCCUUUUGAAGGUACUUUAACGUGGGUGUUUUACGCAUAA